AUGUUAUCUUUUUUCACUUCAGCUUCAUUCUCCCAGGUUGUUUAUGAAUCAUCAUUUUUGUCUGAAGCUCCUAAAGAUUUUAAAAUCAAGAAAUUUGAAAGUAAUUUUUCCCAAAUUUAUCAAAAUCAUUCUUAUACUUGCUACGUUGGUCGUUCCGUUAAUUCAUCAAUAUAUCCACAAACACUCUCGGAACUACAGCAAAAUCUCAUUGGUCAGUGUUUCGAAUUUACGCAUACAGGGUAUUGGUAUUUCAAGUUCUGCCCAUUCAAAAUCCUAAAUCAAUUUAGAUACGAACCACUCAAUCAGAUACCAACUGAUAAUUUUAUUUUAGGUCAAGAAGAUGAUUCAAAACCUAAAUCGAUUUAUAACGGAAUUUCAUACGAUUGGAAUAACGGAGAUAAAUGUGUUGUUACUAAUCGCCCAAGACAUACUAAAAUUGAAUAUAUUUGCGACAGAUCUACUUCUGAAAUCGGAUAUAUUGCAGCAAUAUCCGAACCUGAUUAUUGCGAAUACCUCGUGCAAUUCCACACACCUUAUGUUUGCUGUUUGAAUGACGAUAAGCGCGAAUUUUUGUCAGAAAUAGUUUGUAUUCGUGAUUAA